AUGAAAAGAAAUACCGAGUUCUACCUGAGGGUCUUCAUAUUAUAAAUGUGACUCGGAAUGGUGCGCAAGUUUACAAGUGUCGAGCUCACCAUUUAGCGAGCGGAGCUAUAAUUUAUAAGAAUAUAACACUUGACGUCCACCAUAAACCUUAUCAAACCUAUGCUGAGGAAAAAGUUUACGUCUUCUUAGAUGAGCAAGUCAACUUAACCUGCGAGGUUGAAGCAAACCCACCUCCAAUCUUUAAGUGGUAUAGGAAGAUGGGAAAGACAAUUCAGGUUUCCGAUUAUAUUUCCGUUCUGCAGUUGAAUGUAACUAAAGAAACUCCAGGAGCAUACAUGUGCAUUGCCUACAAUACUGUAGGAGACCUGGAAAAAUAUUUCAACGUGCAAUUAGCGGAACACCCAGAUAUGCCUACAAACAUUGAGUUAGUAAAAGCUGAAAACGAUAAGUUGCAACUAAAAGUAGAGGUGCCAGACAUACCAUAUAGAGCCAGAGACCCUGUUAUGGAUCCACAGUGGAUAGUCUUGGAAUAUAAACCUGAAUCGGAAAGUGAAUGGUCCAGUAUGGAAUUUAAUAUCACAGAUUCUAUAAUUUUGAUUGGCCUUUCCAAGAAUACCAAAUACAGAAUACAAGCAGCUACUAGAAAUGCAGCUGGUUUAAGUCAAUAUUACCAAACAAUGUUUGAGACGUCAGCAGCCAUAAGUGUUCACACUAAAUUGUCAGCUGUAAUAUAUUCCCCAUUUAUACUUAUUUCCUUUUUCUCCUUGUUUUGGAUAGCUUGAGUAUUUUUUUAAAUUUUUUUUAAGUAUUUAGAUAGGAUAAAUAAAAAAUGUACAAGUUGUAAGACUAUCAUAAAUCUACUUUUCUGGCAAUAUGGCAAUAAUCGUAUACGUAUAAAUGUAAAAGUUUGUAAAUAAUAUAGAUCGUGGAUGAGUGUGAAAAUUAAUAAAAAUAUGUAAUAUAACUACGACUUAUUCAUGGUCGUUAAAAACCAAGAUUAGUUAAUAUUAUUUUGAUACAAUAAUAAAAGCACAUACCUGAAACCGACGUACAGAUAUACGAAAAAUAUUUUUUAAAAUCGAAAAUACUUUUUGACUUUAACACCCUGUAAAACGAAAAGGAGGAAAGAUUCAGAUGAGAUAUAUUCAGUUCAGUUGUCAUAAUAUGACGUUAGCAAUAUUUUCUUAAGGUAUGCGCUUUUAUUAGUGAAUCAUCCUGUGUAAUACCAGAAAAUAAACCGGUUUAGUUAUGUAGGUAUAUUAUUUUCCCGAGGCCGCAUAGGAUUUUACUCUAGUAAUACUUCACUAAUAACUAUAACUACUGCAAAACCUAAAAUGCAAAAUGUAUGUCAUAAAUAGCUUUUUUUAUGUAACUUAGUUAUAUCUUACAAUUAGUAUUACGCAAAAAAUUAAUCAAUGUAAAUUUUAUUAAAAUAAAAAGAGUUAUUUAAGUGGCUUU